AUGGCUGAUCAAGGUGUGUUUGGUGAUAAAGCCCCAGUGAAGUCAGUGUCAGUGAUGGAGGGAGAUUCUGUCACUCUACACCCUGAUGCUGAACUACAGACAGAUGAAGUGAUCCAGUGGAGGUUUGGAUCUGAAAACACUCUCAUAGCUACCAUCAACCGAGGGACUGGAAGCUUCUCCACAAUUACUGACAGACUGACACUGGACAAGACGACUGGAUCUCUAACCAUCACAGACACCACGAUCACAGACGCUGGACUUUAUCAGAUCAGAGCGAGCAUCAUAUACAGAUUCAGUGUUACUGUCUAUGCUCAUCUGUCUGUUCCUGUCAUCAGCAGUAACUCUUCACAAUGUUCAUCAUCAUCAUCAUCAUCUUCAUCACAGCAGAAUUGUUCAUUGUUGUGUUCAGUGGUGAAUGUGGGUCAUGUGACUCUCUCCUGGUACAAAGGAAACAGUUUAUUGUCCAGCAUCAGUGUGUCUGAUCUCAGCAUCAGUCUCUCUCUACCUCUGGAGGUGGAGUGUCUGGAUGAUUUAUACAGCUGUGUUGUGUCUUAUUCAUUCACAAACCAGACCACACAUCUCAACAACACUCAGCUCUGUCAACCAUGUUCAGAAUCUGUCCACUGCUGUGGUUCUACUGAAGCUGUGAUCCGAUUGGUCGUUUCCGCUCUGGUGGGCGUGGCUACUGUCGCUGUGCUGGUUUAUGACAUCAGACCCAGGAAAGAAGAACAGCAGAGAAGUCAAGACCUCACACUGACUAACCAUGCUCUCGUACCAGACAGCAAGGUGAUAUUCACAGUAAUAUAUGAAACAAUACAUAAUCAAUGCAACGAGGGAGAAUCUACAGCCAACCAGUUAUUAUAACAAAACAAACCUGGACAGAGUGACAGGGACCCCAACGUUUAUUAUGUUAAACACAUGAAAUAUUGGUCUGGAGUUUCAGUGACUUCAUUGUUGAGCUGAAGUAACACUGAAAAAUGGUUUUCCAAAACGAUUCAUGGUCACAAAAGUGAGAAGUAUUAUGAAAAUUGAACUUAUAAAAUUAAAUGAAUAAAAUUACACCCAAAAAUGACAAUUCUGUCAUCAUAUACUCACUCUCAAGUCAUUUUUAAACCUGUGAUGUUCGUGCUUCUUUCAAACAGAAUGUGGGUUACCUAAUAGUUGCCGGUAGCCAUUCACAUCCAUAGUAUAGAAAAAAUUAUAAUAAUCAUGUGGAGGUUAAUGGCUACCAUCAAACAGUAUUACCAAUACUCUUCAAUUUGACAUUCAACAAAAGAAAUGAACUCAAACAGGUUCAGAACUACCUGAGUGUAAAGUAAAUGAUCACAUAAAUUA